AUUUGAUUUCAUACAGUAUAAUCCGAUCACGAGAACCGCUAGAGAAAUUAAAACCGCACGUGGGUGUGUGUGAGAGAAUCAAUCAGUCGUAGAGUAGAUGUGAAAUUGGAUUACGGUGCUUGAAAACAGCUACUUAUGUGCCACACGAUCUGGGAUCCAUUAUGUGCGCCUGAUGGUGUGUGUGUAUCUGCUGUGUGUGUGUGUGGUUCGCAGUGCUGACGUGACACACGUCGUGUCGGAAGGGAACGCGGCGCAGGAGCUUUGGAGCUGGCUCGAGGAGCAGGGCUUUAGAGAGACGUGUGACAAACACGUGCUGCACAUCAGCUGGUUUACUGAGAGCAUGAGCGCCGGCCGGCCCGUGCCUGUGGAAAUCAGACAUUACAUACAAAAUCCUGCUGUGGACCAGAGGUCGUGUGCACAUCCGUCAGCCAAACCUGAGUCUGCUGUGUCUCCGUACGCUUGCCAGAGACGAAUGACAUUGAACAACCACAAUAAAAUCUUUACAGAUGCGCUGGAGGUCCUGGCGGAGAACCUGGAGUUCUGUGGGAAUCAGGGGCCGAGCCUGCCCCUCCGCACUGAGACACCCGCUGCCCUGAGACACCUUGAAGCCCUGAGAUGCCUGGAGGAGACGCAGCAUCUGCCCUGCCUGGGAGAACACAGCAGGGCCAUCAUAGAGGAGAUCUCUGAAUGCGGAUCGUGCUCCAGAGUUGAGGAGAUACUGAAUGAUGAGAGGUAUCGGACUAUGAAGUUGUUCAGCAGUGUCUUCGGGGUCGGACAAACGGCAGAGAACUGGUUCUGUAGAGGACUGCGGACGUUUGAGCAGGUGCUGAAUGAACCCAGCAUCAGACUGAACCGCAUGCAGACCGCAGGGUUCUUGUUUUAUGAGGACAUCAGUAAGCCGGUGAGCAGGACAGAGGCCAGCGCUCUGAAGAUUAUAGUGGAGGAAGCGGUCAUCUGUGUCAACCCAUCCGCCACCGUCAGCAUCACAGGAGGAUUCCGCAGGGGGAAGGAGUUCGGGCACGAUGUGGACUUCAUCAUAAAAACACCUGAGGCCGGACAGGAGGACACUUUGCUGCUGCUAUAA